AUGAGUGCGCAUAGCGCAUGGACUUCCAGCAGAGGCCCACAUGUGGAUGAAAAUGUCGUUCUGAGGCAUGCUGAACCAGGCGAACUAGCUGAGGAGAAACCUUUCACAGAUGCUAGGGGCGUGAACGCAGAGCUCAAUGACAACAAAAACUCAGAAGAUCGGCAGGCAUGGCAUGAAACCCCAUGGUCACAACGCUCAUGGCUCUAUGAGCUGCGUCCUUUCCGCGGAAUGUGGUCAGAUGUACGGAGACGUGCGCCUUAUUACGCGUCCGACUGGACUGAUGCACUCAAGCCAUCGAAUGUACUUACCGUGGCAACAAGCGUUGUGCGAAUUUUUUUCAUCAAUCUCAUGCCUGCAUUGGCAUACGUGUUAGACAUGUAUGAGCGUACAGAUCACAGCUAUGGUGUCAAUGAAGUGAUCCUAGCCUCGGCUCUUGCGGCAAUCGUGUUUUCUGUGUUCAGCGUGCAACCACUGACGUUUGUGGGGGUGACAGGCCUAACAGAUCUCAUGAAUUACACCAUUUAUAACAUAUUCCACGAUCACUACGGAUUUGAUCAGAUCAAGUAUCUUCGGCUGCAGGCAUGGGUGCUUAUUUGGGCGGCUGGGUUUCAUUUCCUCAUUGCAAUGUUUAAUUUGUGCGAUUUGACGCGCUUCAUCACGGAAAUGACUAGCGACACAUUUGGACUGUAUGUCGGUGUAAUUUAUGUUGAAAAGGGUAUCGAGCAGCUGAUUCUCGAGUUUUCGCUGCCAGAUCACGACAAUGCCACGGGAUGGCUGUCGGUGACGAUAGCAGUGUUGUUUUGCGUGUCCGUAUACUACUUGACACUCGUGGGCUCGUCGACGUACCUUACAUUCCAGCUCCGCCGGCUUGUCGGUUCGCUGGCUUUUGUAGCAGGCUGCCUGUUCUGGACAGGGUUCUCGCAUUUUCCCAAGCAUUCGUUGAACGAAGUGCCGGUCUCGCAGUUGCCUAUCACCCGCAGCUUUUUUCCGACAUUGGACCGAGGAUGGAUUGUCGAUUUUUGGCACAUCGAGGUCCGUUGGGUAUUUAUUGCUGCACCACUAGGUCUGAUGGUUAUGCUCUUGUUUUUCUUUGACCAUAAUGUGUCGAGUGUAAUGGCUCAAGCACGCAAGUUUCCGAUCCGGAAACCAGCCGGCUUUCAUUGGGACUUUUUUCUUCUGGGCAUCACGACGCUUGUCUCAGGUCUUAUGGGCUUGCCCGUACCGAACGGACUGGUACCGCAAGCGCCUGAUCAUACAGACUCACUGUCGCUGUAUGAACAAGUCAUACUCCAUGACGUUGAAAAGGAGAAACAGCAAUUUGGUGAACACACUACGGAGCCUAUGCAUCAUACGAGCGGAGAUGCAUCGAUCUUGCACGUCACUUACUUUCCUCGUGUGCGCACUUUACGUGUCGUUGAACAACGUUUGAGCCAUCUCGUUAUAGGGCUUCUGACGCUUGGCGCAAUGUCGCGUCCUGUCCUUGUCGCUUUAGGGACGAUGCCCCGUGCAGUAUUUGCUGGAGUGUUCUUGCUAGUCGGAUGGGCAUCUAUCGAAUCUAAUCCGAUUGUGACUCGGACACUCUCGUUGCUGCGAGAUACGUCAGCGCUUGCACCAACGCUCCGACCCCAAGUCAGGCGAGUGACACUUGCCCUGUUUGUCGGCAUUCAGUGGGCGUUUUUUGGCCUCACUAUGGCAAUCUCACAAACUAUAGCGGCUAUCGGCUUUCCUAUCAUCAUCCUUCUAAUGAUUCCAUGCCGUGUAUAUGUGGUACCGAAACUAUUCUCUGGGAAAGAUUUGGCCUUGCUGGAUGCCCCCACUGCAAAUGCACCUGCCGUCAUGGUUUCGUUAGGGCCGAACGAAGCUGAGAUCGACACAGAGUCGGACGACAAGCCGAAACCAGCUCCCUCGAAACACCAAGGCAUAGCUUGA